GAACACACCUCGUAUUAAUCGUUAGCUGAACGGAUUAGUUAAAAUGGUAAAACCAGUGGGACUGUAAGUAGCCGAUGAUGAAGUGCAUCUGUCCGCACAGCGUUAUCUCUAAUGGGACAACUUGGCUGGAAAAAUUAGAGCUGGCCAUAAGCGAUGGAAAUUUAUGCGAGGAAAAGCCGAACAGAAGCCAAUGGUUUGGUUCAUAGAUCACCUGCGAUGUAGGGUAUUCAAAGUGGUAGACUGUGAUCUCAGCAACACACUCUCAUGUCUUUUCAUUUUAGGUUUCUUUCUCAGCCGGAGAAAGCCUCUCACCGGGGCCAUUUUCUUGGCUCUCUGGCUCUCUGUUUGAUUUGCCGGCUUUCGCUCUUUGGGAUAAUUUCGGGCUUCGUUGGUGCCGCUGCAGAUUUGCCCAAAUCAUUCCGUUGCCAACGUUGUAACUGGAAAACGUGUUUGCCGGAUCGUCGUUUGACGGCGUCGCGUCGCCUUCCUUUCGCAGUUUUCCAUCUGAUUUUCCAACGCGACUUGUGCAUUUUUUCCAAGUGAUAAAUAGCCCUUCCAUUAUCGGCAAUACAUAUAUAUACAUAUAUAUACAUCCUCUUUCCCAAUGUGCGUGCCAACUGGUGUUCUUUUGUUUAUUUUUUAAUGUUCAUUUGCUAUAAUUGGCAGCCGCCAAUCAUAAAAGUUAAUUAAAAAGUACGAAACAAGAUUAAUAUGUUGUGGCAAAGUUGAGGAAUAUUGCCAAGAGGAAUAUAGCGACGACAGCUCGAAACUUGAAUUUUUAAAUCAUUUUUUACGAAACCGGAACUCCAUGAGGCCAUGCGCGACCUUAAGCAGCGCCUCUUUGAUCUACUGCGCUCCGGCGGCAACAAUAACAGCAGCACCACCACCAACAACAACAGCAGCAGUAGCAACAGCAACACGAACAACAGCAGCAUAUCGCAUCACAACAAGGUGAAUAUUCAGCAAACACAUGUUCCCGCCCAAAAACCGAAGAAACUACACGAAUACACUGCCGCCGAUUGUAAUGCGGCAUUCCUGCGGAAAUACCAUGAUCUCAGCAUUAGCAGGGAUCGAGAAAUUGACAGAGCAAUGGGCAGGGACCGGGAGAGGGAGAGGGCAGGUCCUGGCCAAGCGCAAUCGCCCAAUGUGAUCUACUUCAAUGAGAACCUGUCGAUGGCCAGCAAGUACAACGUACGACCCUUUCCCCUCACCCGGUACCCCUCGUGCCCGCUGAGCAGCUUCGGGAACUCGCAGGGAACUGUACGCCAGGAUGGCAGCGCUGGCAGCAGUUUGGGCGAAGAGGAAGACACCGAAAGUGAACCGUAUCACUUUUGCUCCGACGAAGAUCACAGUAGUCAUACACAAACCAUAAAAUUGCGUCGGAAUCACCAUGGCCUGGAAAUGGAUCCAUCUGUUAACGAAGACGCCGACCUAGAGGAGGACCAGGCCGAAUCGCAGCUAGACUCGUUCUGCACCCUCUGCACCUCCACCUUUAGCUACAAUAAGUGUUGUCGCUUCUGCGAGAAUUCACUGUGCGGCUCCAAGUGCAAUUCCGAGCGGGGAUCGCAUGCCAGCCGUAUGAGCCGCAUCAGCCAGAUCAGCAGGAAUAUGGCCAGUGGCUAUCCGCCCGAUCCGGAGUUCGAUCCGCACCACAAUCAACUGCAGCAGCACAGAUUCGGAGGCAGUAUGCGAAUGCUGGCGAGUCAUCAGUCGGCGGCCAUUAGAACCAUAAACGAUUAUGCGCUGAACUCGAAUCUGCACAACAAACUGAACAAUCUGCACAGCAACAAGCUAAUCCAUAGCAAUCAGAACUAUAGUAGCAACAUCAAUCCGAGCAGAAUGCACGCCCACCAGCUGGAUUCGUACCUGGGCGGAGUGGGCGGUAUGAUUAAUCUGGGGAAUAUGGGCCAAAUGGGUCAGAUGCAUCAUCCGGGGAGCGUUUCCGGUAGCGAAAGACCCAACGGAGGUGCACUGGCCCUUCACUAUGCCGCCGCACGUGGCUGCCUCGACUGCGUCCAACUGUUGGUAGCCGCAUCCGUGGAUAUUUGCGCCAAUACGCAAAUGGACAACGAUGUCACACCCGUCUACUUGGCGGCGCAGGAGGGACACUUGGAGGUGCUCAAGUUUCUGGUGCUGGAGGCCGGCGGCUCUUUGUACGUCCGUGCACGCGAUGGCAUGGCACCGAUCCAUGCCGCUUCACAAAUGGGCUGCUUGGAUUGCCUCAAAUGGAUGGUCCAAGAUCAAGGCGUAGAUCCCAAUUUGCGGGAUGGAGAUGGAGCCACACCGCUGCACUUUGCCGCCUCGCGGGGUCAUCUGUCCGUAGUCCGUUGGCUGCUCAAUCAUGGAGCCAAGUUAUCUCUGGACAAGUAUGGCAAGUCGCCCAUCAACGAUGCUGCUGAAAAUCAACAAGUCGAGUGCCUGAAUGUCUUGGUUCAGCAUGGCACUUCGGUGGACUACAAUGGCAAGAGCAGCUCACAGCGGCACAAGUCGCAGCAGCAGCUGCACCAUCAGCAGCACCAUCAGCAACACCAGCAACAGCAACAACAGCAGCAGCAGCAACAUCUGAGCAGCAGCUGCAAUUCUAACUCGAAUUCGUCGAAGCAGACGAGUCGCAGCAAUACGAUUAAAUCCAAGUCAUCCUCGACUCUGAGCUCUGAUGUGGAGCCAUUCUACCUGCAUCCACCGGCUAUGGCAGGCGGAGCUGGAGGAUCAGCAAUGGGCCUGGGCAUAGGCAUUGGCAUGGGCAUGGGUCUGGGUAUCUCGAGGAAAAACAGCGAUGCCCUGUACUCCCAGCAAUCGAGAAGUUCAUCUGAGAAGUUAUACAAUGGCUCAUCCUCUUUGGGUGGCAAUCCUGGUGGAAAUAGUUCUUCGGCAGGCGGUGGCGGAGGAGGAGGUGGUGCCCUAUUGCCCAACGAUGGGUUGUAUGUAAAUCCCAUGAGGAAUGGAGGAAUGUAUAAUACACCUUCACCGAAUGGCAGCAUCUCCGGGGAGUCCUUCUUCCUGCACGAUCCACAGGAUAUUAUCUACAAUCGAGUAAGGGAUCUAUUCGUUGACUCCGAUUGCAGCAGCAGUGUGAAGCAGCACGGCAAGAGUCAUGCCCACGGCCAUGGCCACCAGCUGCUACAGUCGAAGGCUGGCAAUGCCAUGACAAUCCAGGCUGAUGUCCACUCCAGCUCAAGUGGAGCAGGCAGUGGCUCCGACGAGUCCGUGUCCAUCUCGUCCAGCUUCAACUCGCCGAAGCAGCAGCAACAGAUGCGCAGCCAGAGCUUCAAUCGCCACGGCAGCAGCAGCAACAUCAGCAACAUCAGUGCCGGCGGUAACAUUAAGAACAACAACUACAAGCCGCACAAAGGCAUCACGAGCAAUCAGAACGGAGGUGGGGAUCAUGACUACGAGGAUAUAUAUCUGGUGCGCGAAGAGUCGCGCAAGCAGCAUCAACAGCAGCAGCAGCAACACCAGUUGCAGCAGCAACAACAGCAACAGCUGCAGCAGCAUCAGGCCGUGCAACAGCAGCAGCAACACAAAUACAAUGUGGGACGCUCCCGAUCGAGGGACAGCGGCUCCCAUUCACGAUCGGCCAGUGCCAGUUCCACCAGGAGCACGGACAUUGUGCUCCAGUACAGCAAUCAUCAUUUGAACAACAAGCGCAACAUGAACAACAGCAGCAACAUGAACAACAGCAGUAGCAGCAUCACACUCACCAACAACAACAACCACAGCCUGCUGAAUCGCAAUAAGUCGCAUUCGAUUAUUGGAUUGCAUAGCAGCAAAUACGAGUCCUCGGUGAAGGACAACUACAGUUCGAAGAAUGUGAAUCUGAAGAAUCAGCUCCUGAACGGCGGCAUCAAGAGCGAUACCUACGAGAGCGUCUGUCCGCCCGAGGAUGUGGCCGAGCGGACCAAGCAAACGCACAAGAACUCCAUGAUCCGUAACAAUCUGACGGAUGCCUCGACCAACAACAACAAUAACAAUAACAACAUGAGCGGCAGCAUCAGCAACUUGAGCAACAUGAACGGCGGAAAUCAGAGCAGCAGGAAUCUCAAGCGGGUCUCCUCGGCUCCACCAAUGCAAAAUUUGGCAGUGGUUAAUGGACCUCCUCCUCCACCCUUGCCGCCACCACUGAGGGCUCCCGUUCAACAGCAACGCAACAAUUUGAACUCCGACCAGCCGAACAAUAUGAACGGCAGCAAUAGCAUCUACAAGAAGAAUGUCUUUGGGCCGAAUCAGGGUCCAAAUAAUGUCAAUGGGGGAGGCGGUGCAGCCCCUCCACCAGUUCCAGCUCCUAAUCCUGUGGCCACUGAAGCCGUCGAUUCGGAUUCGGGACUCGAGGUGGUCGAGGAGCCCAGUCUAAGGCCAUCAGAAUUGGUGCGCGGCAAUCACAAUCGCACUAUGUCCACCAUUUCGGCGAACAAGAAAGCCAAGCUCCUCAAUGCCAACAGCACAAAUGGAGUGAGUACGGUCAAUGCGGAGGAAUCACGAGGAUCGGGAGGAUCGGGGAAUGCUGCUAGUGUAGGCGGAUCGAAUGCCCAUUUCUAUGGCUAUUCAGAGGGACCCAAAGGUCAAAGGAGCAUUGCGAAUGGCAAUCCCAAUGGCAACUAUCCCAAUCAACAGCCACAUUAUCCGACUGGCCAACCGCAUCAGUAUACGCCCAGUCUGUAUGGUGGUGGCUCCUCGGCCGAGGAUCACUACGAACUCACCCAACAGCAGCAGCAGAUCUACGGGGAAACCGGGCAUUUGGCCGGCGGACAACGGACCGGCGGACCCAAUCUGGUCAACAAGCAGCUCGUGCUGCCGUUUGUACCGCCCAGUUUUCCCAAUAAAUCACAAGACGGCGUCACGCAUCUCAUCAAGCCGUCCGAGUAUCUCAAGAGCAUCAGCAUCGACAAGCGUUCGUGUCCAUCCUCCGCCCGCUCCACGGAUACGGAGGACUACAUGCAGAUACAGAUCGCCCAGCAGCAGCAGGUUCACCAUUCGCAGCUCCACUCGCAGCAUCCGCAGUCGCAUCAGCAUCCGCACCAUUCCCAUCCUCACCCACAUCCGCAUCAUCCUCAUCAGCUGCAUGGAAUGGGCGAGCAGCCGCCGUUGCCUCCACCACCGCCGCCGUUGCCCCACGGAAUGUUGCCACCACAACCACCGAUGGGUCCACCGAUGGGCGUGGCAGGCGGCCAGGAUGCCACCAUGUCUGGCAAAUCGCACAAGCCCAAGAAGCCGCAUGGAUCGGCGCCUAACAGCCAGGAUACGGCCACCAGGAAGCAGCACCAGCCACUCUCGGCCAUCUCUAUUCAGGAUCUGAACAGCGUCCAGCUCCGUCGCACAGAUACCCAGAAGGUGCCGAAGCCUUACCAGAUGCCCGCUCGCAGCCUGAGCAUGCAGUGCUUAACCACCAGCACGGAUACCUAUCUCAAGUCCGACCUGAUUGCCGAGCUGAAGAUCUCCAAGGAUAUACCGGGCAUCAAGAAGAUGAAGGUGGAACAGCAGAUGGCCAAUCGAAUGGACUCGGAGCACUAUAUGGAGAUUACCAAGCAGUUCUCGGGCAAUAACUAUGUGGACCAGAUCUACUUGCAGAUUCCGGAACGGGAUCAGGCCGGCAAUGCCAUACCCGACUGGAAGCGCCAGAUGAUGGCCAAGAAGGCGGCCGAGCGGGCCAAGAAGGACUUUGAGGAGCGUAUGGCCCAGGAAGCGGAAUCGCGCCGUCUCUCCCAGAUACCCCAAUGGAAACGGGAUCUAUUGGCCCGGCGCGAGGAAACGGAGAAUAAGCUGAAGGCGGCCAUCUACACGCCCAAGGUGGAGGAGAACAACCGGGUGGCGGACACUUGGCGUCUGAAGAACCGCGCCAUGUCCAUCGACAACAUAAACAUCAACCUGGCCGGCAUGGAGCAGCACUACCAGCAGAUUCAGUUCCAGCAGCAGCACCAGCAGCAGCAACUCCAGUUGGGCAACAAGGAGAAUCAUGGCGAUCUGAAGGGUGCUGAUCAGGACCAGGAGCAGGGCGGCGUUGGCGGUGGCGUCGGUGGAGUUCAGGAGCUUAACGAACCAUCGGAGGGCAGCCAGGGCCAUGCUGAGGAGGAGGAGGACAACAUCAUCCCGUGGCGUGCCCAGCUGCGCAAGACCAACAGUCGCCUUAGCCUGAUCUAAUAACUGAUAUAUCCAUAUAUCCAAAACCCAAAAACAACCCAUCCUAACACUCGACUCCUAAGCGGUGCAUUUUUUUUUUUGUUUUUUUGUUUGUCGACUAACUUAAAGAGCAUGUGCAAUUAUUAUAAAAUUAAAAUUGGGAACCCUAAUAUAUAAAAAACAAAAACUAAGCCUAAGUUGUAGCUACUUACAUUGUACUAUAUGCAUUAUCGUAUAACCUAUUAACCUAUUACUACACCUAAUUGUACUCGAGAUAUUUUUUGUGGCAAAAAGAAUGAAUAUUUGUUAUUCCUACUAGGGGGCAGUUCGGUAUCGCAAGGCGAACAACCGUAUAUAUCUAAUCUUAACUGCUGUCCUUGAGUUCUAUUUCGGUGUUGUAUUUUUUAUCACUUUUACUCUCGAUUAUUUUAUAUUAUUUUUUUUUUUAUCAUUGUGACUCGGCUUGAAUUUAUAAAGUAUGGCAUUAAUUUAAUUGACUCGGUUAAGCAUUUUUUUAUUGUUAUUUGUUUUUAUAUACGCGGCUCAAAAUAGAUUAUUAUUAAUUACAUAAAUACAUAUUACAUCUAUGAAUAAACAAGCGAACGAAUGAAUCAAUAAAUAAAUAUAUAUACAAUUUAAGCGCCGAUACUUACAUAAAAACCCUCCAGAAAUCACCUUACCAAAUUCCCAAACCAAUUAAAAAAAAUCAUUUUCCCAGUCAAUUUGGUUGGGAGUUCAGAUACCAGGCGAACAGAAACAGCAGCAAGCAGCUACUGUUUUCUGUGAGCUUUGUUUUUUUUCAAGAUGGCUACCUUUUUAAGAUGGUUGCCUUUGCAGCCCAAAACAUAAACAAGAGAUGAGCAACCACG